CCAUCAUUUCUCAUAUCCACACACACAAACCGAAGAAGAAAAACAAAACAAGUUAAUACUUUAGACAGUAGUUUUGUUGCGAUUAAUCCCAUCAAAUCAAAGAUGUUGAGAUUCGGCCGUCGUCGCGGCGGCGGUGCUUCUGUUUCUUCCGCUAAAAUACUAUUGACCGUCGUGGUUAUCGCGGCGGUGAUUCUCUGCUUCAUGUCGACUUCAGCUGAGGCGAAACGCGGCGGUGGGGGUGGGGGACGCAAGGGAAGAGGCAGAAAUAGGGCCAGCCCAGCCAUUACGGGGGCAGUGGUGGGCGGGGCGGCCGGCGGUGCUGCCGGACGCGCCGGGAGGAACGGCACGGCGCAUUCGUCCUCGUUGGGUGGGCCGGAGUGGCAUUCAUAUUUCGGUGGUCCUGCUCGUCUGUUAUUGCUCGCAACUUUCCUAGUUCCUUUCUGGCUGCCUCUGUGGACAGCAUAUUAAAUUAAUUAAUGUUUUAGCUAUGAAUUAGGGAGAUGUACACCAAAUCAUCAACAUUAUUAUUAUAUAAUCCUAUUAUGUUUUGUAUAAAUUGCUAAAGUUGGAUUAUACUGCAUGUGUCUGAGACAGCUGGUUUUUUUACUUUCUAUGGAUAUUAAGAAAGUUGCAACUGAUAUUGCUUCUCCAAGCCCUCCAGUUCCAGAGUUUGAAUCCUUCAACUUCAGUCUCUCAACUACUAGCUACUCCCUCAAUUUUCUGAUUUCGUUACUAAAUAUUUAUAGGAAAUGUGAAAGAAAAGUUUGCAUAACUUAAAUGUAAAGCAAUUUCAGUAUUUUGAGUAAUUCAAGCUCAAGUCUUUCAACAAAAAUUAUCUAAGUUGUAGUUUUUGAUCGAAGAUAAUAUCUGUUGUAUUUGAGAAGUUAUAUAAUCAUUGGAUGUACUUUGUUGUAUUUCGAUUAAUCAGAAUCGUCUAUUAUUAUUUUGUAUUAAAGUCUGCAAUUUAUC